AUGGGGCGCACUCGCGACGCCAUCCUGGACGCGCUGGAGAACCUGACUGCGGACGAGUUCAAGAAGUUCAAGCUGAAGCUACUUUCAGUGCCGCUGCGCGAAGGCUAUGGGCGCAUCCCGCGGGGGACACUGAUGUCCAUGGACGCCAUGGACCUCACAGACAAGCUCGUCUCUUUCUAUCUGGAAGAGUACAGCGCAGAGCUCACCGCGGUCGUGCUGCGUGAGAUUGGCAUGCAGGAGACAGCGGAGCAGCUGCAGGAGAUGACACGCAAAGCAUUGCACUUUGUGGACCAGCACCGGGCAGCCCUCAUCACACGUGUCACAGACGUGGAUGGGGUGCUGGACGCCCUGUACGGUAAGGUCCUGUCAGAGGAGCAGUAUGGGGCAGUGCGGGCAGAGUCCACCAACCCAAUGAAGAUGAGGAAGCUCCUCAGCUUUGCUCCAGCCUGGGACAAGACUUGCAAAGAUCUGCUCCUUCAGGCCCUGAAGAACACCCACCCCUACCUGGUGGUCGACCUGGAGAAAAGCUGA